UCCACCACGCCAUUCCGUAAAAGCGUUGAGCGGCAGCCACCGUCUCCCUUAUAUAAGAGCCCGGGGGGUUUUCUAGGGUUUCCGCCGCCGCAGCCACAGCCCAGCACCAGCUAAACCCUCUCUUCUCUGCGUACAGGCGCCAUCCCUGUUCAGAUCGCCAUGUCGACCGAGAAGAAGCAGUUGAACCCCAUGCGGGAGAUCAAGGUGCAAAAGCUCGUACUCAACAUCUCCGUCGGAGAGAGCGGCGAUCGCCUCACCCGCGCCUCCAAGGUGUUGGAGCAGCUUAGCGGGCAGUCGCCUGUUUUCUCCAAGGCGAGGUACACUGUGAGGUCUUUCGGCAUCCGUCGUAAUGAGAAGAUUGCGUGCUACGUAACGGUUAGGGGUGAGAAGGCGAUGCAGCUUCUUGAGAGCGGGCUGAAGGUGAAGGAGUACGAGCUGCUGAGGAGGAACUUCAGCGACACCGGCUGCUUUGGGUUUGGUAUCCAGGAGCACAUUGAUCUUGGCAUGAAGUAUGACCCGUCGACUGGUAUUUAUGGUAUGGAUUUCUAUGUUGUUCUGGAGCGUGCUGGAUACCGUGUUUCUCGUCGCCGCAGAUGCAAGGCACGUGUUGGGAUCCACCAAAGGGUGACCAAGGAAGAUGCCAUGAAGUGGUUCCAGGUCAAGUACGAGGGUGUCAUCCUGAACAAGUCCCACGCAAGCUAGUUAUCUUUUUGAGUAAACCAGUUGCCCUUUAGAACUCCAGUCAAGUUUCAUCUGUAUCCAUGGAAUCAUAUGUUUAUUGGGUACCAAACGCACUGUCAAUUUUGCCUCUCUUUAAAUUUGUCCUGCGCCUAUAUAAUUCCAUCAAAUCCUUAUGGUCUCGUAUUUUCAA